UUCAACUUGAAUCAAAGUGGUUAAUUCAAUUUGUAUUUCAUGAAAUUAUUUUUGUAAAAAAUCUCUGCUUUAAUUAAGUUUUCAGUAACUUAACUUAUUUAAUUACCCUUUAGUUUACAUCGUGAUUGCAAAGUUCGUCUUGAGUCCAUCACACUCAUCAAUUUGCUCCAACCACCAGCAUUGUGGUUUUUCUUGUGAUAAAAUCUUUUUGUUUUGUUUUUUGAUCUAAAGUCAACUCUUAUCAUCAUGCAAUUUUCACAAAUGAAAAAUGGCAGAAAUGUCAGGCAUGGUUUUAUCAAGUUUCCGACGGACUCUCCACGAGAAAAUUUAACAACCUGUUUUUCGCUUCCUCUGUGUCUUCAGUACACAAAAGAUGGAUUUGUCCCUCAUUUAACUUGGGAUUUAUUGAAGCACGUUCCUGACAAUAGUGCUCCAGCACUCAUCCCUCUAUGUUCAAUGUAUGAUCUCAUACCGACUCUCCAGUCAUCUGGUCAAAAAUUAUCCGACUUUAUCUCAUCCGAUUUUAACCGACAGAUUUUCUUAACCGAUCAAGAUGUUUUGGUCAAACGCCGACAAGGCUUCAAUUCAUCCGAUUUCAUACCUAUUUGGACAGAGUCUGGCCGUAAAAACAUUUACCCAACGGAUCUUUUGAAUUGUGUGAAUGUUUUCAAACCUGAUGCAUAUCGUUUACUGGCCGAUGGAGAGACGAAUAAAGAGUCAUCUAAUAAAAGACUUGACAAAUCUGUCCACAAUACUGCCCAAUUGACUAAAAAAAGUUUCAAUAUCGAAGGACAAAGUUGCAAAAUCAAACCAGUAUUUGGAUCGAUAGUCGGUGGUUGGAAUUUAAAGCAAAGACUCAUCUCGAUCGAGCACUUGAAAUCUUAUGAUGUUGAUGGUUACAUUAUAGAUGGCUUAUUGGCUGAGGAUUUACUCAACGAAUCAACUGACACCAAAGAAAAUUUAAAUGCACUUAUAACUUAUAUUUGCUCACAUUUACCUCUGAACAAACCGAGAGCCCUUUUUGGUCCACUUAAACCUGAAAGAGUAGCCGAUGCUGUCUCUGCUGGCAUUGACAUCUUCGAUUCGUCUUAUUGCAGUUACUUAACAAGCAUUCAUACAGCGUUAGUCCUUCAAUCUAAAGCAUUUCCAUUUGAAGCUACUUCAAAACUACUCAAUUUGGCAGACGACUCGUUCAAACAUGAUUUCACUGUCAUCGAAAAAGAUUGUUGUUGCUAUACUUGCUUCAAAGGGUUCACCCGUGCCUAUUUAAAUCAUCUUAUCAACGUCAAGGAAAUGCUUGGCUCAAUUUUGAUCAACUUACACAAUCUUUACGUUUAUUAUGAUUUUUUCAACCAAAUUAGCUAUCUAACUCAUUGAUAUUUUUAUCAAUAUUAAUAAAAGUUUUACUAAAAUUA